AUGCUAGGUGUUGAUACAAAUGUAUCGGUCAUUGGGAAGCUUGACACCAACGGUGUACCACUAUGGAACGAUCGGCGGCAAGUGGCGUGCAGCCUUGCUGUAGUCGAUCGCGUGGUGGAGUUUGGCAACAAUAUACGUGAGCUUGUAAAAAGGGUAGUACAUCCUCAAAUUGUUAGCGAUGAAUACUACCAAUAUGCCCAUUGGCGUAUGUUAGAACGGUUUGCAAUAGCUGCUGGAUUGGCACUUGCUGGGCAGGUGAACCCUGUGCAACCAUCUUCAGCGAAAGAGAAGACCGAAGUAACCGCCGAUUCUGGAGACCACAGUUGGCUCUCAUGGAUGACACGUAGCAAGGUCAGCUCUGCUCUUACCAACAUGGUUCUCAAAGAUAUCGUAUCCCGGGCAUUCAACUUUGUAUGGUUCGGAAAGAUCGGAGCUGGUUUUGAUGACAACCCUAAGGCAUUCAGGUUAUUGGGUGGACUUUUGUGUAGUGUUGCUGGAGUCACAUCUUUUGCUGGUAAUGCCGUCAGAGUGGACUCGAAAGUUCUACUAAAUGUCUGUGUUAACGUACUGAAACAUGUUGGUAUGUUGACAAUGUUAGCAUCACAGGCUGCUUUCCACAGCACUUUCUGUGUGAAAAAUGCAGCAACUAAUGUCGGUGAAAUAACUGCUAAGCUGGAAGCACAAAGUCCGAUAUGUGAUUUUUUGGGAAUGGCUACUGGGAUGCAGCUUGGGUCAUUGUUGUCUGAAACAUCUCUCUCUGCGCAAGCUGGAGCUUUUGCUGCCAUAUGUCUUACAUCUAAUCUUGCUACAUAUAUGUGUGCCAAGAGUGUAUGUUUCCGUACCCUUAACCCGCAACGAUGUUUCGUCCUCCUUGAAGACUUCGCUAGUGUCCUAUUGCGCAGGUUAGAUAGGUACCUGAGGUACCAUAAAAUGCGACUCGAGGCGUUAAGGCAUCGUGCUGACUACGAUGAUGGUGAGGAGACCGAUGACGAUAAUAGCGAUUCGGAGGGAUCAUCUAGUAGCAGCAAUUCAUGUUUUGAGGACGAUGAGUGUGGAGCUAUUGCGGAAAUGAUACAUGACUAUGAGUUUGAUACAGCUAACAGGUUGCUUAGCAGGUUUACAUCCAAGCAUUUAUGUAACAAGCUCAAAAGGGGCAGGGAAAGGGAUGACACCGGUGACGAUGUACGGUAUCCUAAUGAGCCAUUAAACUUGGUACAAAAACGUAUCGGUAUCACGUUUUUAACACCGGAACAAGUAGCUGCACGUGAACCUUUGUUAUUCCCAUGGCGUGACGGCGCACUGAAGCAUGGUGCUGUUAAAUACUCUCUGGCCGAUAUGUCUAUUUGUCCUGCUACAAUUGCGGAGUAUCUAAAGAUCUUUAAAGGCGAACGCUUCGUUGUCGCUUUGGGAUCCGAUGGUGUGGUCGAAUGUGCUAUUCACCGUUCGGCGAAACCUCGUGAUGCUAUGCUUGCGAUAUUAACGUACAAUAUUGCCGAGAAGCUCUGGACACUUCUAGAUGAAUCUAUGGACACUGGUUUUAUCGACCAUCAAUUGGAGCAGAUAUGGGAUAUGUGCAAGCGUUCGGCGGUAAGCCUGAAAGAGGUGCUAAUACGUCUCAACACCAAGGUGAACGUACGGCCGGCCCCUGCUACAAGGACCUAUGACCGAGAGCAGUUGCAAGAGGAGAUGCAACUAUGGAAAUGGGGACUUCAAACGGUUAGAUACGCUUACAACGUCGCACAGGCAUGUAUCGACGAAGUGAUGUUAAGUGCACAAGCUGCUAAAUGGGAUGUAGAAAAGUUUGAGCUAUGUUCGCCAUUCAAGCACUAA